AUGGCAUGGCGCCCAGAUGCCGUAUGCGAUGGGCUUUUGGCCAAAGACCGUGCUCAGUGGCUCGUGGGACAGGGCAGAACGCUGCCCGAUGCACAGCAAGAGGUCAUGCGGGAGUUCCCUGGUGUUUUCCACCUGCGUCAGCGCUGGGAUGGCCAAGCCAGCUGCGACGGGGCCUCCGCCGAGGAGCGGGCAGCAUGGUUGGUGGCGAACCAGCAGAUGGACCAGGAGGCCGCCCGCAAGAAGGUCAUGCAGGAAUUUCCCAAGCAAUUCACCUUUGAGGAGGCGGCCGUUCCAGCGGUUGAGUCGGAGUCGGCACCCCGGCUGCUGAUGUCCAAAGGGCCUUAUCCUGCAGAUCCUGCGAUAGGCUUGAGCCACACUUGGAGCGAUUCAGAGCCCAACCCGCCUAGAUGGCCACCGACAGUGAAGGUGCUUUCACGGGGCUCGGACUAUGCCGUGGUGGACGAGAUCUACGAGGAGAUGAAGUCCUUGGACAAAGGACAAUUCUCCAAGAAGCGCUACGCCCUUUUCUUCGAAGCUUCCGAGAAGGUUCAUGAGGUGGAUCUCCGUGUGGGCUACUACACCUCGGUCUAUGGCUUGGGGCGCCACCCCAGUGAGACCCAGGUUCGCAGCGUGACCUCCACGAACGAGUCGCCUCAUCCAGAGCUGGGUUCGCUGCAGAACUUCUGGCGUUCCGCGGAGAACCUGCAGACAGGUGGUCACCUCACAUACUCCGUGGACCGUGAGGGGGGUAUGCUUUGGGCGGUGAGUCAAGCAGCACCGCUGCGUCGUGUGGUGGUCGACCACAACCUCUUCCUUUGGUAUUUGCGCAUUCCGCCCGAGGGCGUCACCUCCAAGGAUGCCAGGUAUCCCAAACAAGGGGUUGCCCUGGACUACGACGGCUGGGUCGAGUUGGGCUAUACCGAUCCCAUCGGCGAUUUCGCCAGUGGUGGCUACAUGGCCAACGUUCAGGUGAACGGCUUUGUGAGUCUGGGCUCCCAGCAGCAGUUCUUCGCUCGGAACUGCUCGGCCCGCAGCUGGCAGACAGGUGCCUGGAACUUCGUCUUCGUCGGCUGCCCCGGAGCACCGCACACGGAGCCAGGUGUGAUGAAAGCCCCGGUGUACAGCAGUGUGAAGUCCACCCAGGUCAUCGCUGAGAAGCCCUUUAUCGUCAAAGAUCCUGGCGAUGAGCGCUACCGCUUGGCGGUGCCGCGGGCGCACGAGGGGCGAGUGGGCGUGGACUUCUCGUUGGCCCAGGAAGAGCUCCGAGACUUCGAAGGUGUCUUUGUUUGUGAACCCAGGCACACAGCAGCAGAGAUCAAUCAGAAGUUGGCCGAAGGCAAAGAUCUGGUCUUUUGUCCCGGCAUCUACCAUCUCGCAGAGACUCUGAAUGUGAAGAUUUCUGGACAGGUGCUUUUGGGCCUCGGCUUUGCCACCCUGGUGGCACCGCAGAAUGACAUGCCGUGCAUUCAGGUCUUUGAUGAGGCCGCUGGGGUUCGCAUCAGCGGACUGAUGUUGGAGGCCUUCUACCGGCCAGUGGAGGGAGCAAGCUUAUCAGACCUGCCUGUAGGGCCGGAGGCGCUCUUGCGGAUUGGCACGGGAGCUGCCAGUAGCUCCGCUAUGGCUUUCAGCUUCAUUCACGACUGCUUCGCGCGCGUGGGUGGGCAGGAGGCUCCCUUCACUGCGAGGGACGAGCUGGAUGGCUCCAGGCCCAGCCGUCGGCCGGUCGAGGCCGACACCACGCCGCUGUUUACCGCGGAGGCUCGAUGCCGCAACAUGGUGCAGAUCCAUCAACCACGCGUGGUGGGUGACAACUUGUGGCUUUGGAGAGCUGACCAUUGGCUUUCGGACCAAUAUCUCGUCUACAACCAUGAAAACCUUUGCAGUACUGGCCUACACGUGGCAAAGGGGCCCAUGAGGUGA